AUGGCUCCCAGAAAAACGAAUCCGCCUGCUGCGUCCACUCACCAUAUGAAGACCCGUUCGCAACGGAGAAGGGAACAAGCUGAAGCUGAAGCUGAAGCUGCAGCAAAGGCGGCGGCAGAGGCAGCAGCUGAGGCUGCGAAGCAAGAAGAAGAAGAAGAUGAUGAUGAUGACGUUGAGGAGGAAGGCGAGCAGGACGAGAGCGAAGAGGUCAUUGAGAAUGAAGACGUCAGUGAAAACGCCGACGAGAACGAUGACAAUGACGACGAAGGUCAAGACAAUGGCAAUGUUGAGAACCACGGCGAUGACGAGGGGGAAAGCGAUGAAGAUGAGAUCAAUUCGAACGGCAAGCGCAGUCGUAGUCAUUCUGAAUCGCCACCGCCGUCGCCGAAGAAGCCCCGACUUGAGGAGGAUGACUCAGGGGAGAGUGAAAACAACGAGGAAGAUGACGAUGAAGACCAAGCAGAUGAAAACGAAGACCAGGAAGACCAGGAUGAAGACCAGGAUGAAGACCAGGAUGAAGACAAGGACAAUGAAGGUGAUGAAGAGAUGACCGACCCCGACGAAGAUCAAGACAAUAAUGAGCCGCAGAAAUCUAAUGGUCCUGCUGACAAGGAUGGCCACAUGACCGACAACGAGGAAGGUCCGCAGGCGGAUGGUGAUGAAAAUCAUGGUGAAGACCACGGGAAAAUUGUAGGCGGACCAACGGCAAUCGAUCAGUUCGCGAACAACAGCAACAACAACGACAAUAACAUCGUACAAAACAAUGCACCGCAGCAUACAAUUAUCCGAGACGACUAUUGGCCCAACAUCAGACCUUACUUCGAGAGACUUCACCAGGAUUACGUCAACGGAUCGUCUGAGGAGCACCGUAACACCGAGAUACAGAUUCCUUGCUGUGCUUGCCACAAUCUGACUUCGGUGCCGUUCAGCUCCGAACACUACCCUGCCGGCCCUCACGAUCAUCAGGAACUGGCCGCCGUUCUGCCUUGCGGCCACCUCAUCGGCCUUGACUGCUUGACCGAGUGGAGGCGGCAUGCAGACUUCAUUCCACUCCCAUGUCCUUACUGCCGUCGCCCUUUGGAUUGCGAAGAUUGCUUUGUACCACUCCGGGUGUACGUUUUAAACCAGGUUGAUGUACCACCGCCGACUUCGUUUCCCGCUAACCCUAACGAGGGUGGACUAUGCAACACCUGCCACUCGCGUAACAGCUUCAUUGUCAACACAGUCUUGAUGCCGGACCUUCGGCCAGGGAUUGCGAACCCGUCCAAUGGCUUAUUGCGUCAGUGGGUCGCCCAAGAGGCCAGCCGGGAGUAUCGGGAGCUGCGAAGAAUUCAUGAGACAACUUCCAGUCACUACGCAGCCACGUUCUUAAAUGUCUUCUCAACUCUGCGCAGCGAAGCCAACAACAUGCAACAACAAUUUAUGUCCCAAUACCCUGCCCUGCAGCGACUGGAGUUUGACGCCAACAAUCAACGUCCGUGGAACGCGCCAUUUGACUGUCCGCCCAACUCAAAUGCCUCCUCCACUUCGCCUCAGAUUAGCAAUCACUUAGUUGACUCGUUCAACAGCACCGUCUAUACGGACUCAGGGAAUGCGUCAAUUGACUCUUUCAACAGCACCGUCUAUCCGCCUUCAGGAAUUCCAUCAAUUGACUCAUUCAACAGCACCGCGUACCCGACUCCGAGCGAUACAAGCGUCCCUUUUAUAGGAUAUGAUGGUUCGACUGACACCUCUAGCAGCUCGUUUUUCGAAGAAGCUCGGUGGCAAGGACACACAGGCGAAUCUGAUAGCGAUGCAAGUAACGGAGGCUCUAGCUCUAUCGACGUUCAGUACUGGAUCGAUUUCAUGAGGAGACAAAACCCCCAUUGA